GUACGUAAUCCGCUGUGGACGCUGUGACGUCGCCGAGUUAUGUAUCGCUGCUGGACGGUGUACAUCCCCACGCACCACUAUGGCCCCCGCAUACUCCCCGCAGGAGACGCAGUACUACGACCAGCUGUUUGCGUUUGUAGACAAGGACAACACCGGCAUCCUCCCCGGCCAGGACGCAUACCCCUUCCUCACAUCCUCCAACCUCUCCACCACCGCGCUCGGAGAGAUAUGGGCCAUCGCCGACCCCGACAACAACGGAUUCCUCACUCGAGAUGGAUGGUACAAGGCCGCCCGCUUGAUUGGCUGGCUUCAGAAGGGCGGCGCCACGAGUGUCGAGGAAUCCUUGCUUGCGAAGCCCGGGCCGCUCGCCGCAUUUGACCAGGGCCCCAAACCGCCCGUCGCCGCCCAGCCCACGGCCCAGCCGCUCUCGGCGCACACCACCGGAUCCGCCCUGCCCCAACUCACACCGACCGACCGAGCAAAAUUCACCAGGCUCUUUGCCGGUGCCGGACCUGCCAACGGCUUGAUCACCGGCGACAAGGCGCGGGACAUUUUCAUCAAGAGUGGACUGAGCUAUGAAAAGCUCGGACAGAUCUGGAACUUGGCCGAUACGCAAGGACGAGGCUCUCUGGAUCUGACCGACUUUAUCAUCGGCAUGCACCUCAUCCAGAGCUGCAUGGCAAACCCCGCGCUCGUUCUGCCCGCCGUUCUUCCUCCUGGCGUAUACGAGACUGCUUCCGGCGGCCGGCCACCCCCGCCUCCAGCGCCAGUCAGCCCCGUGGUGAGGAACAAUACCGGCCCUGCUAGCCCGCUGAGGCAGCAGUACGCUGGUGGCGCCGUUGCGCCUUUGCAACAGCAAGGUACAGGUGGCAGUAUCGGUGGCACGAGCGCGCCUGUCCCCCCUGCGAGGUCAUUCACCGCCAGCUCGGCGUACGCCCCACCAUCUAGGCAAAUGUCUAUCACGAGCACCCAAUGGGACGUUACUCCCCAAGCCAAGGCCACGAGCGACGGGUUCUUUUCACAGUUGGAUCCGCAGAAUAAAGGUGUGAUUGAUGGUGAUGUGGCUGUACCGUUCAUGCUCCAGAGUCAGUUGGAUGAAGCCACCUUGGCGAAUAUCUGGGACCUCGCGGACAUCCGCAAAGAAGGUAAACUCACCCGCGACGAAUUUGCCGUCGCCAUGCACCUGAUCAACGUCAAACUCUCCGGCCAGGAGAUCCCCGCAUCUCUUCCCGUCAGCCUUGUCCCGCCGUCUCUCAGGGAGGAAUAUGGGCCAGGGAAACAAGAGGUGCUGCAAAGUAGUGCGACAAAGGAUCUUUUCGACCUCUUUGCAGAUGAACCACCGGCGUCUAAAGCCGCAAGCCCUGCGCCUCAAGCUCCCGCUCAGGCUCAAGCGCCUGCCCGCACUCCUGCUCCUGCCCCUGCUUCCGCUCCGGCGCAACCCCCAGCUCUCCCCGCUCGUAGCCUCUCACAACAGCCCCCGCCACCCACUCCCCAAACACCAUUCCUCCCGCAACCCCCACCUCCGCCCUCGCGUCGCCAAGCGUCUCACGCCACGUCGGCACUCUCUCCCGCUCCUACCGGCCAACAACCAUCUUCCUUCCAAGGAUCCGCUUUUGCGUCCCCCUUCUCUGCCAGCCCUGCCCCUGCUGCCGCUCCCGCUCCCGCUUCUCGGGGCGGCGACUUGCUAAGCGACGAUGCCGAAACCAGCUCGACACCCGUCCCCGACCACUCUGCCGAACUGGGCAACAAGCAAAACCAACUCGCUCAAACCACACGUUCCAUCACCGAUCUGUCCAGCCAACGAACCGAGCUCGAGGGAAGCGACAAGUCUUCCAAGCAGCAGUUGGAAGAGCUCGAGGGCAAGUUGGCCGCCGCGAGGGAGAAGCAUCAGACCGAACUGAGGGCGGUCGCUGACCUCAGGACCAGGGUUGGAGAACAACAGGCCAAGGUGAAAAAGUUGAAUUCAGACUUGAUCACCGCCUCCUCCGACCUUUCUGCCCUCCAGUCCGAAAAAACCGAACUCGAACAAUCGCUCUUGCACGACAAGGAGGAAGUCCGUUCUCUCCAAAGGCGGAUGAAGGAAGUCGAUGAUGAAAAGCAAGGGCUGGUGCUCGUCCUCGAAAAGUUGAGAAAGGAAGCGAGGCAGCAAAAGGGGAUGGUGAGUAUUGCGAAGAAGCAGGUUAGUACAGCCGAAGGUGCGAGGGACGAGGUUCAGGCGGAAAUGAAGGGGGUAGAGAAGGAGAUUGAAGAGGACAAGGCGUUUUUGGUACAGCAUGAAAAAAACCAGGCCCAGCAACAGCAGCAGCAAACUAAAGCGCUCUCUCCACAAUCGACAGGAAUUUUUGCAGCUGGUAUCGCCCUCCCUCCUACCCCACAGGCACUCAGCCCCGCAGCUACCGGUAUGUCAAACAGGUCAAACAACCCCUUUGACCGCUUCUUGGCCAGUGGAAGAUCCACCUCUCAGGCGCAGGUACCCUCCUCUACCGCCGCCACCGCGGGCUCGCCGUCCAACGCAUCAACGCCCACCGGCCAAACUCCUCCGCAAGCAGUAUCCGCCCCCGCCUCGGCCGCCGAAGAAUCGACCGACAGGUCUCUCUCACCCGGCUCUCCUUUCGGCGGUAUCGCAGAGACAACGGGUUCCGCAUUCGGGAGUGUCGGUGCAGCAGCCACAGCUGCUGCCGGGGCUGUGGCCGCAGGUGCGGCGGGGCUGUACGAGACUGCGAAACACGCCGUGACGGAUGAACCCGAACACGAUCCUCACCUCGACACCUCUUCUCCGUCUGCCGCGCCUACCUCUGUAGAAGUGGCUGAUGGUGCGGCUUCUAGGGCUGUGGAGGAGGGUAACCUCAAUACGGAGCGAGAUGUCGCUGAGCAAGAGGUUGGUCCUAUUACCGCAGGUGAGGGUGAGGGACAGCAAGAGCAAGAGCAAGAGCAAGAUCCGUUCGGAGCGCCUUCAGGCGGGUUCGGAUUCGCAGGGGAAGAUGAAAAGACCCCUAUCGCUCAGCAAGAAGAGCUUGAUCCCUUUGGUGCCCCUCAAGUCCCUGGCACCACUAUCGCCAGUACCGCCGGCGCUGAAAACAAUAACGGAAUCCCUACCGAUCCAUUCGGCGCGCCCGCUAUUCCCCAGACCGACGGCUUCUCCGAACAACAGGGACAAGCUGCCGGGUCUCAGGACGGGGGGUUCAACGACUUUGAAGAAGGAUUUGGUGAUUCCUUUGGGGCAACCGGAACGACCACGACUGCCACCGCCGCGCCUGCUGAGAAGGCUGUAGCCGGUGCCGAGCAAGAAGCGAACAAGGCCCCUACCGACUUUGAUAGUGCCUUUGCCGAGUUUGAUUCUCCUGCUGAAACUCCCCCUCAGUUCGAGCAGCAUCCUCAGGAAUCUACACUCUCUCCCAACCAAGGUAUUCCCAGCGGCAUCCCCAAGUCUGAACUCCCUGUUAGCCUCUCUGAACGACCAGACGCCGAGCGGACUUUCUCUACCCAAGCGACUAUCGCGCCGGAGAGUGAGCCGAUAACACCCAUGGCCGAUAUCCCUGGUGAAUACCGCUCCCGUGAGGAAGGAUCGUCCGGUGUGCCUUCCUCCAGAGGAUCGACACCCGGUCUCGCAGGGGUUGGUGCCGCAGCAGCAGUGGCCGGUGGCGGAGUGGGUGUAGGUGUCGGAAGUGCUUUGGCUCAUGAAUUCAAGCCAGAGCCCGAGCCCGAGCCAGAGCAGCAGGGAGGAUACGAGCACUCACGGCAGCAAGUGCAAGGAGUGAAUGUCGGAGAGUCGAGCGAUGAAGACGAAGGGCCCGAAGAUCUAGAGAGGCCUCGAAAGGGGUACGGAACAAAGGGCGCGGAGUCGUCUGUGUCAUCACCUAUUGAACAAGAGCCCUCGCCUACUUCAGCAGGUGCAGCUGCGGCCCUCGCCCCACCCAUUGCGGGCUUUAUGACUGUUACCGAAGACCCUCAGCCCAAGGUCCGACGAAGUGCACCCCCACCUCCUUCCAAGACCGCUUCUGCCUCUUCUGCCGUUGUCGCCAACCCCGCUGCUCCUGCGCCUUCCGCGCCUGCUACAGAGUCCGAGACCGUCUCUCCAGUCGUGGCUACUGCGGGCGGUGUCAACCCUGGAGAAGAGUUUGAUCCCUUCGGUGCGCCCAUGGUAGCCAACGUCAAUGCCGCUCCAGGCAACAUUGCCACCACUCAAGGUGCUUCGUAUAUUGAUGCCCCUUCUACUGCUGCCUCUCAGGCUCAUCCCAAGACUGCUUCGUUUGAUGAAGACGACUUUGACUUUUCCGACCUCCCCCCCGCUCAGGUCGAGUCUGGUAUCCCCGUGGCGGCUGUUCAGCAAUCCACGGCCAUUGCUGGAGGAGCGCCCCCGUCUGCUGGUUUCGAUGAUGAGUUUGCCACUUUUGACGAUGAGUUUGAAAAGCCUGAAGAGUUAUCUGCAGGCAACGGAUCGGAGAAUUCUAGUGGCAACAAGAGCUAUGAGAUGGUGAGCCCUCAGCCGAAGCCUAGUGGAUUGUAUGAUGAGUGGGGAUUCGGUUCGUCGGCAAAGAGGGCAGGUAACCCGCAGGAGCAGCAAUAUCAGAAUCAACAGGAAGCUUCGGGUUUUGGUGAUGCCUUUGGUACCCAAGCUUCUCAGGGAACUCAACAAGGAGGGUUGUCAUUUGAUGAUGCUUUCGGUAAUGACUUUGAGCCUUCUUCCUCUGCCCAGACUCAAGAAUACGCCCCUCCCCCCGGUUCUCCCCCUCAACAGCAAGCCCUUCGACCUCCCAUGCCCGAGAGACGACCAAGUGGUGCCCAGGCGGAUGAUAUCGAGGAUGUAAAAAAGCUCUGCGCGAUGGGUUUCCCCCGCGAACUGGUAGUUGAAGCUCUCGCAGCGAACGCAUAUGAUUUCCAAAAGACUUUGAACGUGUUGUUGGCGUAAGAAAAUCAGCGAUACUCUGAAGAUGGUUUUAGUAUACGUUAUUUGAUUGAUAAGGUAAUGAAGAAAUGCAAAAGUU